UCAGGAGCAGUAUUGCAAGAAAAUAUAGAAAAUUGCAUUGCAAAUAUUGCAAAUAUGCUUGUUCACUGGAGUUCCUUGGAGCCCAAGGAAAGUGCUUAUCAUGUUACUGACGUUCUCAAAACUGCGAACAACAAACUGAUGUCAUCAAAACUAUAA